GUUUUCAGUAGUUGUUGUCUAGAGAAUCUCCAUGCUCUUCGCCGAGGUGUUUCGCUGUGGUGCUCCAUGACAAAGAAAUAUGGCCCAAAUGAGAGAACAGAUCAAAUCUCCAAAAAUACGACUAAGUGAUGAAGAGAUACCCAACCUGUCUGAUGCAGAGUUCAAAACAUUGGUUUCUUGGAGUCUGGAGCCCCUGGUCCAGACCCCAUAGUGAAGUCUGCAUCUGCCUUCCAGCCCCAGCAGCUGUGGUUGAGUCCACUGACCCUGCCUGACCUCAGGCUUCUUGGAAAAGCUGAGUUGUCAGCAAGAGAGCCUGAGGGCUGAGGCCCAGAGUAAAGAUGCCAGCCAACCAGAGUUCUCCCCAGUGGUCGUUGGCCCUGACUGCAGGAGGAAGAGACAACUCCUGUGAGGUCUCAGUGUCAUUUAAGGAUGUGACUGUGAACUUCAGCAGAGAAGAGUGGCAGCAACUGGACUCUACUCAAAGGCGCCUGUACCAGGAGGUGACACUGGAGAACUACAGUCACCUGCUCUCAGUGGGGUAUGAAGUUGCCAAACCAGAGGUCAUCUUCAAGUUGGAACAAGGAGAGGAGCCAUGGAUGUUGGAGGGAGAAACCCCAUAUGAAAGCUGUUCAGAUGGGAAGUUUGGGAUUAAUACCUCACAAAAAAGAAUAUCUGAGAAAGCUUCAUUUCAUAGUGAAAUGGAGGGUGAAGAUAUAAGAGAUGAUUCAUUGAAGGGGAAUUUUUCAAUUUUAGAACUGUGGCAAGAUGCUGAACAGAUAAAAAGAUAUCAGGUAAAACAGAACAAACCUGUGAGUCAUGCUACUUUCAUCAAUAAGAAAAUAUUGAAUACAGAGUGGCAUUAUGAAUAUAAAGACAGUGGAAAAUUUGUUCAUCCAAGCCCAAAUCAUAUUAUUGCUCCACAGAAAAGACCCCAUAAAUAUGCCUCAUUUGAAAAGAGUUUUAAGCAUAAUUUAGACUUACAUUUUCAUACUAAAAACAAAGCAACGAAGAACUUCGAUAAAAUUAUUGGACACAGUCAACUUUUCACCCAGAGUUCUUAUAUUAACCAUGAAAAUAUACAUACAGGAGUGAAAUUAUAUGAAAGUAAUCAGUGUGGAAAAGUCCUCAAUCUCAAUAACAAUCUGAAAUUUCCUGUUGGGGAAAAAGCAAAUAUGUGUACUGAAUUUGGGAAGAUAUUCACCCAGAAGUCACCCUUCUUUGCAUCUCAGAGAAUUCAUACUAUGGAAAAACCUCAUGAACUUAGCAAAUGUAUAAAUGUUUUUACACAGAAGCCACUGCUGAGUAUAUAUCUGAGAGUUCAUAGAGAUGAAAAACUAUAUAUAUGUACUGAAUGUGGGAAGGCAUUCAUCCAGAAUUCAGAAUUAAUUAUGCAUGAGAAAAUUCACACUAGAGAAAAACCUUAUAAAUGCAGUGAAUGUGGAAAAUCAUUUUUCCAGGUGUCAUCUCUACUUAGGCAUCAGACAAUUCAUACUGGAGAAAAGCUUUAUGAAUGCAGUGAAUGUGGGAAAGGCUUCUCCCUGAAUUCAGCCCUCAAUGUACAUCAGAAAAUUCAUACUGGAGAGAGACACCACAAAUGCAGUGAGUGUGGGAAAGCCUUUACCCAAAAAUCAACACUUAGGAUGCAUCAGAGAAUUCACACAGGAGAGAGAUCCUAUAUAUGUACUGAAUGUGGGCAGGCCUUCAUCCAGAAGGCCCACUUGAUUGCACAUCAAAGAAUUCAUACCGGAGAGAAGCCUUAUGAAUGCAGUGACUGUGAAAAGUCUUUCCCUUCUAAGUCACAACUCCAGAUGCAUAAGCGAAUUCACACAGGAGAGAAACCUUAUAUAUGCACUGAAUGUGGGAAGGCCUUUACCAAUAGGUCAAAUCUCAAUACUCACCAGAAAUCUCAUACUGGAGAGAAGUCUUACAUAUGUGCUAAAUGUGGGAAAGCCUUCACUGACAGGUCAAAUUUCAAUAAGCACCAGACAAUUCAUACUGGAGAGAAACCCUAUGUUUGUGCUGAUUGUGGGAGGGCCUUUAUCCAGAAGUCAGAGUUAAUUACACAUCAGAGAAUUCAUACUACAGAGAAGCCUUAUAAAUGUCCUGACUGUGAGAAAUCCUUCUCUAAGAAACCACAUCUCAAAGUACAUCAACGAAUUCACACAGGAGAGAAACCAUAUAUAUGUGCGGAAUGUGGGAAAGCCUUCACUGACAGGUCAAAUUUCAAUAAACACCAGACAGUUCAUACUGGGGAUAAACCUUAUAAAUGUAGUGACUGUGGAAAGGGCUUCACUCAGAAAUCAGUUCUGAGUAUGCAUCGCAAUAUUCAUACAUGAAAGUAACUCUGUUUCUUGAAAAUGAGAAAGCCUAUCACAGAAGUCAGGCUUAACUGUAUAUAAUAAAAUUAAUCCAAGACAGAUCCUAAAUGAAUAUAUUACUUAAUAAAAAGCAUUUGUCAAGGUCUCUCACUUGAGAUGAGAAAAAUUAUUUGAAGACAUACUCUAAGAAUGCAUUAAAUGAAGGGAAAUUUUCAUAUUUGCACAACCUCAUGAAAUAUAAUAGAAUUCAUACUAGGAAAAAAUGCUGUCAGUUUGAUGCAUUAGGCAAAAAACCUUCCUAUUGUAAAGGGAGGUUUAUCAAAUUGUUAUGAAAUUCUUUAUAGAUGGAGUGUGAAAAUUUAUGUCAGUCAUGUUUACUGUGUUAUAUUAACCAAUUUAAAGUGACAACAAAAUGAAAGGUAGGACAACAAAAUAUAUUUGGUGUGUAAACCUACUCAGUUCUGUGAGUUGUUUGUGGCAGAACACAUUGCACAACAGGAGGAAUAAUUGAAGUUCAUCUAUUGAAUUUAAUAGAAUUGUGUCUGUCAGAUAUGUUUUAUUGAAUUUUCUCUCACAUGAAUUCAAAGUCAUUAUGGUUUUAUAUUUACAUGUACCUGCAGUAUUAUUUUACAUAAACACAUAAAUGUAAUCCUAUUAUUUAUACUGGUUUCCAUGACUUUGUAUUUUUAUCCUCUUUCAUUGUGGUACAAUGCAAAAUAGCCACAGAUCUCUCCUGUCCUUUUAUGCAUGCUCCUUUUUAAUAUUACUCUUGUUUCUCUUAUUAAAUGGUAGAGCUCUAUCUCUACUCCUUGUAUCUGAGGUUGGCCAGAUGACUUGUUUUGGCCACUGUACAUUAGCAAAAAGAUUCAAGAAGUGGCUGGAGAAGUGUGAAAAAAGACUGCCUUGAGGCUUACUCUCUUGCUACUCUUUGGAAUUCUAAGAUCUUCAUAUGAACAAGCUGAGAUUACUCUAUUGAGGAACGAGAAACCAGGUGGAGCGGAGAAGAGCCAACCCAGCUGAGGCCCCUUAGGCCAAUUGCCAGACAUGGGAACGUGGCCUUCCUUGACCUUCAGCUCCAGCCUAGCCAGCCCAUAUCAAAAGAAGUCAUAGCAGUUAUCCCAGCCAACCUGGAGAAUUGUGAGUUAAAUAAAAUAAUUAUUGUUUUAAACUGCUAA